AUGGACUACAAAGGGGAGCAACAUGUAGCGGAGGUGAAUACGAAUUCAACGCAUCAGCGAAAACGGGGGGGCAUUCUCAAUACCCUGUAUCCUCCAGGGCCGAAGCCAGGCGCCAAGGGACGAGUGAAGAACCACUGCAGAAAGUUCUGGUGGUGUGAUCUACUUGUUCUCGCCGUCCUCGUCCUGGUCAUCGUACUCCCCUUGAUUUAUGCCGCCGUUCCCAAGAUAGCCCAGGACCAAAUCAAUGGCUCGACCCUGGAGGUUACAGCCCAGGACGUCACAGGCCCACGACCUGACAGUAUACAUCUGAAGCUUGAAAGCACAAUCAAGAGUGACAGCAAAUACCAUCCCACACUUGACAGGUUCGAUGCCUCUUUAUCGCUAGAAGACAAGAAGCCAUUCCUCAACAUUGUCAUCCCCACUACCAAGUCUAAGGAAGAAGUUUUCGUUACGGUCGAUCAAGACAUCAAGAUUACGGACAUGGCUGCAUUUACUGAAUACGCUAUGGUGGCCCUUGCCAGCGAGACAUUCGACGUGUAUCUAGAUGGAAAGCCGACUAUUCAUCUGUCAGGUCUGCCAGCCAUGAAUGUCGACUACAAUAAGAAAAUUUCCAUGAAGGGUCUGAACGCGCUGAAGGGUCUUAACAUUACCGAUUUUGAGAUUCUCCUCGACUUGGACAAAGUGCUAGCAGACGGUUCCAACGCGAAAGGCACCGUCUUCAUCCCAAAUCCCUCAGUCAUGACCUUGGAUCUCGGUAACGUCACCAUGAACCUCGCCGUCGGAGAUGAAUCGCUCGGUUUCUCACUGCUUCCCAAUCUUAUUCUGAAGCCUGGUGACAACUACAUUCCCAUGCAGGCUACCACCGAUCAAGCCAAAGUCAUCACCCUGAUCACAAGCAAGUACAAGAAUGCCGUUCUUCCCCUUGAUAUCACUGGCAAUUCGAGUAUGGUCGGGGAUCAGCAUCUGUCGUACUUUGAGACAGCACUACAGCACAGCAAGAUACGCGUGGACCUGAAUGUCGGACCGGCGCUGGCGGCUGUUGGCUUGAACCUCACCGGAUCCUAG